AUAAGAAGGCCUAGAGAAAUAAAGUACAUUUAAUUGAAUUUAUUUCUCUCUUUAAACUAACAUUUUGAAUAUAAAAUUCAUACAUCAUGUCGAAGCCGACAACCCUAAAGGACGCAUUGGCCAAGUGGGAGGACCGCAAUAAGCAGCCAGCCGCCACUGCCACGGAAAUUGGACUUCAGUUUCAGUAUCCGCCGAUCGAGAAAAUGGAUCCGAUUCUCAAUUCCCUUACCGAGUGCCAAAAGCUCAGCUUGUCCUCAAAUAUGAUUGAGAAGAUUACUGGAAUUUCGGGAAUGAAGAACCUGAAAGUCCUGAGCCUGGCACGUAACAAUCUUAAAACGCUCAACGGCAUAGAACCACUGGCCGAUACUCUGGAGGAAUUGUGGGUCAGCUACAACAACAUCGAGAAGACCAAGCCCCUGGAAUCGAUGAAGGCCCUGCGUGUGUUUUACAUAUCCUUUAAUAUGAUCAAGGACUGGACGGAGUUCAUGCGCAUGGGUGUUCCACCAAAUCUCAGCGAGAUCACAUUUGUGGGAAAUCCUUUGAACGAGAACAUGGACCAGUCUGCCUUCACUGCCGAGGCAGUCCGUCGUCUGCCCAACAUGAAGAAACUCGAUGGGGAGCCUGUCAUUCGUUAGGAAAAAACAAGCUAUCACGGUUGUGUUGUAUUUCAAAUAAAGCAUGUUAUUCAUCAGCAAAUACCAUACAAUUUUUACAUGGAACCACAAGCCAACAGGAGAAUCAAGAAAUAGCCAAGUCAAUUGAAGCCUGAAGAGACCUUUAAUUUCGACUGGAUGUGCUUUCUGUCGGCACAUGGUAUUUGUUUUCCGUGCAUAAAUAAUCAAGAAUGUCAAUGGAUGGGGAUGGCGGGCAGUCAUAGAUUUUUGGCAAACAGACAACUAAACAAAAUAUACGAGAAUGCGAAUUUCUGUCUGCCAAACCGACAGACACCAGAUAAAAAUGUUGAAUAAAAUCAUAAAAACGGCAGCCAAAUCCCUACCGAACCCUAAGCAAACCGAUGCAAACCAAACCAAUUGCCAGACACGAAAGUUUAAUGAUACUUUUAUGUCUUUUCGAUUUAACAACUUCUCUAUUAUGGCUGUUCUGGCUGCUGCUGCUGUUUGUAUUUGAUAAACAAUAAUAUUAAUGUAAACAUGAAGGCCGUCCAUAGUUCGACAUUUUGGCAGACAAACAGAAAACGAGACAAUUGUACAAUUGGUUGCACACAAAAAUAUUUUCUGGCAGCCAUACUUGUCGCUUGGCUGAUUAGGCGACGAUAACGAAAUAAAAACCCUUUAAAUGU